AUGAACCUCCCUCGUCUCGCCGUGCUGCUAUCGCCACUCCUCGCCUGCUGUUGUCUCGCUGUGCGGACGGAAUACGAGUGCUCAAAGUCGUUUACCGAACCCUCGCUAAGCAAUAAUGGCGAGCCGACCUUCAGGAACGGCGAACUGCUCGAGGUGAAAUGGGACAACUGGACGAGAGCGUAUCUUGAUGCUUGUCUGGAUAGCGUCAACGGCACACUCUGGCUGGUGUCUGCGGACCAGGCCAGAGCAUACAGGGAAGAUGUCUGGGACACGACUGAUAUUCCGUCGAGCAAGUCGAUCAGCUUCCCUCUCGCCGUCCCGGAGUCCUUACUGCGCAGCGCCGCGAAUCGCUUCCAGCUCGAGUUCCGGGGAGCCAAUCCAGGGAAGAUCCUGCAGUCUCCGAUCUUCAUCAUCGCAGACGACGUUUCAUAUCGAUCUCCACGGCCGUCAAUCGUGAUCCGGAGUCCGUCAGCGACUACAUCUGCUCCAGCAGGAACCCCACAAACGACCUUCGAGAACCACAGUCCCACCGCCAGCAUCGGGCUCGGUCUUGGGUUAUCUGCAGGGUUCACCCUUCUCUGCUUUGCAAUUUCAUGGUGGUAUAUUCGAUGGCUAAGGAAACGCCGGAGCAUAGCUGAGGCUCAGGCUCAGGCUCAGGCUCAGGAAGAGAAUGUUAAUGACACCCCCAAUGACGUCCCUGGAUCGCUACCGGUAGACAGCGAGAUGGGCAAUGUCCCGGCGAAACAGCGCGAGGAGCAGCCUGCAAGUCUCGCGCCCUCGACGCUUGCGAGGCUUGUCCAGCUAGCCGUCAUCGACGCCGUCAGGGGCCAGCGCACUGGGGGAUAUUCGUUACCACAGGCAUGCAAGGCAUCGGCAAGGUCAUACACCGGCUUCGACCUGCAGUUCAGGGAUUACGAUCUGGCCGGCACAUCCACGAACUUGAUUUCUGCAAAGUCGACAGAUGCAGUUGGCGAUGACACUGAAACAUGCUACACGAUCGCGGCCAGUUUGUCUCUCACGACGACGAUUUCGCCUCCAAGGCACAGCUCGAACCCCUUUGGCCCCAAUGUCGGUUCCAAUAGCAAUACUCUAUCUCCGAUUCUCCAUAAUAUCCAUAUACAUGCAUAUUUGACAAGCCCCAAGCUGUCAAUAUAUACGGAAUAUUGGGUCAGGGAAUACGUCAACGCACUAGUUAUGCGUGGGAUUAUCCCUUCGACCGCAAUUGACGUGUUGGAAAACGCCCAAAAUACUUUUUCAACUGAUCCUGGCUCGCGCAUCGAGGCUGAAGAUAUCUCCAUCGACACCUCGUAA